AUGUCGAUGCGGAGGACAUUAUGGCAGACGCUUCAGUGUGCCCAUGAUGUCCUCAACCUGCGGGCCGGCACCACCACCACCAACCUCAUCCAGGUCGCACCAAGAUGCAGACGCAGAUGCAGACAACCCGCUGGGGCCUCCCGCAGCUACAACACCCUCACCGUGGAUGCUGCCGAUCUCUCCUUCGGCCAACCCGUCCAUGAGACGCAUCCGCAUCUCCUGCAGCCGGGAGAGCUGACCCCCGGCAUCACAGCACAAGAGUACGCCGACCGACGGACCCAGUUGGCGGCCAAACUGCCCGACCGAGCCAUUGCCAUUGUCGCUGCCUCAGACAUCCAGUUCCGCUCCGGCAGCGCGUUCUACGAGUUCCACCAGGACCCUGAUUUCCUCUACCUGACCGGCUUCAACGAGCCUGAAGCUCUGGCUGUGAUCGGCAAAGACUCAAGCGGGAGUGACCACACAUUCCACCUGUUCGUGCGCGAGAAGGACCCCAAGGCCGAGAUCUGGGAUGGAGCAAGAUCAGGCACACAGGCCGCCCGGGAUGUGUUCAAUGCGGAUGAGACCGGCGACAUCACCAGGCUGAAAAAGGUUCUGCCGCAACUCGUGGGCGAGGCGUCGCAGGUCUACACCGACAUCACAACCCCCGACCCCAAUCGCUCGGCUCUGCGGCGGUUUUUGUAUGGGACGUCGCGGAAGACCACCGAAUUCUCCGAGCUCAUCGAGCCAAGCAAGGUCCAUCGACUCCGACCGGUCCUGAACGAUCUACGGGCCUUCAAGAGCCCGGCCGAGAUCGAAGUCAUGCGACGAGCCGGAAAAGCGUCGGGCAGAGCCCACACCGAGGCGAUGAGGAAGGCAUGGACGCGCGAGAAAGACCUCGACGCCUAUAUUCGCUACCGCUUCGUCACCGACGGGUGCGACACCAUUGCGUUCGAGCCCGUGGUUGCUGGUGGCAAGAAUGCACUAGGCAUCCACUACGUGCGCAACGAUGAUGUGUUGCAGGAUACCGAGAUGGUGUUGGUGGACGGCGCGGGCAAGUAUGGAGGAUACAUCUCCGACAUUACCAGAACCUGGCCGGUUGGGGGGAAGUUCAGCGACGCACAACGCGACCUCUACCAGGCGGUCCUCACCGUGCAGAGGUCCUUAAUCUCGCUGUGCCGGGGCAGUGCCAACAUGUCGCUGGACAAAUUGCACAGCAUCGCCGAAGACUACCUGGCGAACGAGCUGCGGCAGAUCGGGUUCGACGUGACAUCCAAGACGAUCGAGGCACUGUUUCCCCAUCACUUGAGUCACUACAUCGGCAUGGAUGUCCACGACACGGUUGGAUACACCCGGAAGACGGUGUUGCAAGAGGGCCACUGCAUUACCAUCGAGCCUGGGAUCUAUGUGCCCGAUGACGAGCGAUGGCCCAGGCAUUUCAGGAACAUGGGAGUGCGGAUUGAAGAUAGCAUCAGCGUGCAGGAAGACAGUGCCUAUGUCUUGACCACCGAGGCUGUCAAGGAGGUGGUCGACAUUGAAGCCCUGAGGGAUUGA